AUGUCCACCACCGCCCCCCCAGCCUCCGCCCUCCCCCAAGCUCCCUGGAAAUCCCUCUUCAACCAGCACCUCUCCUCCAUGAAGCCGCCCCAAUUCGUCCUCAGCACGCUCUCCACCGCGCCCGCAGGAUCCUCCACGCCCUACGUACCCCGCGCCCGGUACUGCAUCUUCCGCGGCUUCUUCACCGAGCUGCCGGACAACGAACACAACCCCGCCGAGCGCAACCCGCGGGCCUACGAAAGCGACCUCCCGACCUUCACGACGGACGCGCGGAUGGAGAAGGUCGCGCAGAUCUUCGGCACGGGGCCGGGCCAUGCGGAGAGCGAGGAGCAGAUGAGGGGGAGUGGUGGGGGCGGGCCCGUCGAGGCGGUUUGGUGGUGCGAGGAGAAGGGGACGCAGUGGAGGGUUAGGGGGAGGGCGUUCGUCGUUGCGGAGGAUGUGGAGGGCGAGGGGGAGGAGAGCAGUGGGGUGAGGACCGUGAAGAGUGAGGUUGGGAAGAGGAUGAGGGUUGUGGAUGAGGAGGGGGUGGAGGGGUGGAGUUGGGGGAGAGAGCUCACGGCCAACUUUGGGAAUCAGUCGCCGGGGAUUAAAGGAUCCUUCAAAGGCCCUCCCCCAGGCCAUCCCGUGACCUCCUCCUACGACACCCAGAACCUCUCCCUAGGCGCCAAAGUCACCGAUCUCCACGACACAACUGCCCGGAAGAACUUCCGGCUUGUCGUCAUCGUCCCUGAUGUCGUCGAGCAGACCGACAUCAGCGAUCCCGCAACGGCCCGUCGCUUUCGAUACACGUUUGACGAGAGCACACGGGCGAAUGCUGGGUGGAGGACCGAGGAGCUGUGGCCUUGA